AUGAGUGUACUUCUGGAAACAUCUGCUGGUGAUAUUGUUAUCGACCUCUUGGUCGAUUACUCUCCCAAACUUUGUGAAAACUUCCUAAAGCUGUGCAAAAUUAAAUACUACAAUUUCUCCCCGAUCUAUGGUGUCCAGAAAAAUUUCUCGUGCCAAACUGGCGAUCCAAUAGGACCCGACUCGAAAGACAGCGACGGGGGAAGCUCGAUCUGGGGAUUAUUAGAAGGGCCAGCAAAGAAAACAUUCAAGGCCGAUUUUCACCCAAAAUUGAAGCAUGCGGAGAGGGGGACUGUUAGUAUGGCGACUGCGCCGUCGACCAGAGAUCCGGACGAACGUCUCGCAGGCAGUCAAUUCAUAAUUACCUUGGGAGAUGAUUUAGACUAUCUAGAUGGCAAGGCAGCUAUAUUUGGCAAGGUUGUAGAAGGAUUCGAUGCGCUUGAGAAGAUCAACGAUUCUUUUUGCGAUGAAAAAGGACGGCCUUUGGUGGACAUUCGAAUCAAGCACACGGUUAUUUUAGAUGAUCCUUAUGAUGAUCCAGCAGAUCUUGUCGAGCCACCAGAAAGUCCUGUGCCUUCGAAAGCGCAGCUAGCUACGGUUCGCAUUGCCGAAGAUGACGAUUUGAACGAAGAGACAGAUGUUGAGGCCGUUGAGAAACAGCGACGAGAGCGGGAAGCACGAGCACAAGCCUUGACUUUGGAGAUGGUUGGAGAUCUACCUUUUGCAGAAGUCAAACCGCCGGAGAAUGUUCUUUUCGAUCUCGAGCUUAUCUUCAGUCGUUUUGGCAAAAUUCUCUCUUGUGAGGUCAUCCGAGAUAAACGAACCGGAGACAGCUUACAGUAUGCAUUUAUCGAAUAUGAGGAUCAAAAAUCUUGCGAACAGGCAUACUUCAAGAUGCAGGGCGUUCUCAUAGACGAUCACAGAAUCCAUGUCGACUUUUCCCAGAGUGUGUCAAAAUUAUCUGAUACCUGGCGAACGGCAACAAAUUCCAAGCGAAGACAAGGAGGCGGGGGUUUUGGUGGUGUCAGUGGAUUGGAGAAGAAGAGACAAUAUAAGAAUGCGGAUUAUAGUUCAGGUCCAAGAAGAGACAAAUACGGUAUGGUUAUUGAUGAGGAUGAGUUAAGGAAGAGACAUGAAAGGGAGGGGAAACCCGAUGAAAAUAAGCGAGAAAGAAGUAGAAGUCCCCGCGAGAAUAGGAGAGAUUAUAGUUUUAGGGAUGAUAGGCGAGAUGGUCGCAAUAGGGGAGAUAAGUACGAAGAUAGGGACAGGAGGGACAGGGGUAGAUAUGAUGAACGGGAAAGGUAUAGGAGUGACCGUGGCCCAAGAGAUGAUCAUAGGCGGCGAUAG